CCGAGGUGAGGUGGAACACGUGAACGCAGCAUAGCUGGACGCGGCGGAGAGGAGAACAGAAAAGGGCAACGAAGCAGCCCGGAUAAUUCAGCCUCGCAGUCUUGGCGCCAAUCCGACUUCAGAGGGAAAUUAAACGGCUCGGUUUUCACUCACGUUGGAAUCAAAUUCGCAGCCGGUUGCUGCUUCUUUCAAAGCCUUCGGUCGUCUGCUGUAGCCAGCCAGCUAGCUUUGUUAGCACACUAUCCAUCAUUGUCAUAUUCAUCUGGCCCCCUUAUUUCUGCCUGUAGUCACGAUACUAAUAACUCAGCAAAGCACCGGGACAAUAGAGGUGUGUUUCUCCAGGGGGAUCGAGCAGAUACGGCAGCAAAAUGGGGAGGAAGUCCAACAGAGCAAAGGAGAAGAAAGCGAGACGUCUGGAGGAGAGGGCAGCUAUGGACGCCGUAUGCGCCAAAGUAGACGCAGCCAAUAAGCUCGAGGACCCCCUGGCCGCCUUCCCAGCCUUCAAAAAAUACGACAGAAAUGGGCUGAACCUGCAGAUAGAGUGCAAGAGAGUGACCGCGCUUAACCCGCUGUCUGUGGAGUGGGCUUUCGAACUCACAAGAGCCAACAUGCAGACGCUGUACGAGCAGAGUGAGUGGGGAUGGAAGGAGAGGGAAAAGAGGGAGGAGAUGAAUGACGAGAGGGCUUGGUACCUGCUGGCUCGCGACGCCGACUCCUCCCCCGUGGCCUUCUCCCACUUCCGGUUCGACAUAGAGUGCGGGGAGGAGGUUUUAUAUUGCUAUGAGGUGCAGUUAGAGAGCAGAGUGCGGAGGAAAGGGCUCGGCAAGUUUCUCAUCCAGAUACUCCAGCUCAUCGCUAACAGUACACAGAUGAAGAAGGUGAUGUUGACAGUUUUUAAACAGAACAAAGGGGCCUACCAGUUCUUCAGAGAAGCUUUACAGUUUGAGAUCGAUGAGACCUCACCGAGCAUGUCCGGUUGCUGCGGCGACGACUGUUCUUACGAGAUCCUGAGCAGGCGGACCAAGCACGGCGAGGCCUCGGCGGGACACACCCACGGGGGCGGACACUGCGGGGGCUGCUGCCACUGAUCAGCUUCGGUUACGCCACGCGAUUGGUUAAAAGCCAGCAACUUUAACCGGCUGCGUGCGAAAGCUUCAGCUGCCUGCUAGUCCACGAGUGGUUUUGAAUUAUGGAGGCCGACAGGUGGGAAAACCCACCUGCGCAUUAAAAGCCGGCAUCUCGAUGCAGCGUGAGCUUUCGCACGCAGCCUUUUCUAUGUUUUUGUUUUUGUUUGUUUGAUUUGUUUUCCAGCCCCUCGGCUCAUUGUCCAAAUCAUCUCUUCCCAUUCUCAUAACGCUGUUAUUACCAGAACUGGUUUCCAGUCAAGAAAAAGCUGACGGUCUCCAUCACGGAGACCGAUCCUAUCCCAUGCAGCUCUCAUCAUCUCUGUGUUGCUAUACUGUAUUGGAUCUGCUUCUUAAACUGUGGUUCGAGACCUAAAGUUGACUCUUGGCCUCGAGCUGUAUUGAAGAAACUCCCCACUUGUGGUCUCUCAAGUGUAAAACGGGAUUAGUUGAGUCUUGAAAUCACAACUAAAACCAUCCAAAAUAAGCAGAUAAAAAUAACUCAGAGUUAGUCAGUUUCUACAAUCCAGCUCGGGGUUUUUCUGGGGCCUUUGCACUGAGACGAUUUGCUUGUUUCACUGCACCGGGGUCCUCGGAUCAGGCUUCAUGUGAGAGCCCGAGUUUAGGUCCUGGUUAAACCAGCACGAGAAGCGCCGUUGCACUGUAAUAUUAUCUGUUCUGACUCUAGUUGUAAGUUAUUCUGUAACAGAAGACACUGCAGCUAGCAGCAGCUGGCACGUGAUACUGCUGUUACAUGAUUACAAUACACCAUCGGCACCACCCGCCUCCUCGAUUCAGGUAAAUGUAUCGAUGUCUCCCUCGCUUUUAAUGCUUACAGCUUAUCAAAUGAGAUUUCCAAGAUUGCCUUUUUCUUUCGAGUCUCUCAGUAAAAUAUGUUAAAAAAAUUUUUUUUCUCAACAUCAUCAGUUGCUGUAAAUCUGCAUCCGACUAAGUAAAUAUUCCCAGUGUGUCCCCACCUGUGUCAUAUCGCCUCAUCAGAGAUGCAUGCUGUAACUGGAUGCUUUUUCAGCUUCACAGAAGACAUCUUUAGUUGUGAAAAUUCAUCAUUUGACCUUUCAGCCUCCUUUUUUUUGAGUUUUUCCUGCUUCUUGACCUGCACCCACGGCUGCCACACAGUUCUCAUUUUUACUGAGCUUUCGGAUUUUUGUAGUACACCCGUUUCCCUCUUUGCUUUUAGUUUCUGACGACAAAUCUGACGCUACUAGGCCUGUUUAAAAACAACUAAGUCCAUCCUCCAUUGCACUUCUUGCAUAUCUUGUGGAUUUAAGGUGGAAUAGCAUCAACAGAGGUCACCGUUUGAUCGUAUAGCUGCUUGAAAAUGACACGUGAAUGGAUGCAGAUGAGGGUAACGGCAGCGCACUUGAGGGAGCUUUUUUUUUUUUUUUGCUUUUUAAAUUGUUUGAGUUCUUCCACAGUCUUAACUUAUUUUCCUGGCCCCCUCCUGUAAAAUUAGGUAUUUUUGGGGGGUGGGGGCGGGUGGAGUAAAUCUAGUCUUAAAUUAGGAUUACGGACUAGUGGCUUCUAAAAUUUAGGUCCACUGUGAGAAGCAGCAUCUAAAAUUCUCAUGUUGGUCUAGGAUAAUCUUAAUUCCCCACCUGUUCACAAAGCCUUUGAUGUGUUUUUGGAUUAAAUUGCUGUUUUUAAAAAAAUUUUGAUUUAGAAUUGAGAUUGACUGCAUUGAAUGGGGUUCUGUUGUGCACAUUUCCAGCUCCAUGUGUCCUUUUUUCCUCUGGCUUUGCAUGAUUCAGUUAAAAAUAAUCCUUAUUUAUCCUAUCCUGGCCUCUGGUGCAGUUUAUUUUAUCCACCGUCUCAAAUGAGCUGUUACAGCUCCUGUCCCUUUAAGACAGCUGUCCUCUCAUUGGCUAUCCCUGACAAACUGAUGGUUUCAAUUGUCAUCUAUAUUAAGGCUCGCCUUGACAUCGCACAAAGCCAGGAGUAGAUAAACAUGUCUGAAACAGUGCUUCUGUGUUAAACUCUGAGUUUUUUGGUUCACAGAGAGGACGUGUACAUAUGCUGGAUCCACUACUGUAACAGCACACCAAUGACAGACAAUAAUGGAAAUAAUAAUGAAAAGCCUGCUACAAGUACGUGGAGUUAGAGGCUGUUAUGUGAAGUAGACACUUGGUGUAAAUGCUUGGUACUAAAAUAAUCUGGUACCAAAAAAAAAAAGGGUUUGAGGAGAAAAAUCUUACGGGAUCCUGGGAUGAAAGCUUUGGUUGUUUCCUGCUAAACGUACAUUCUGCACCUGGAAACAUGGUGGUUUUUCUUGCUUGGUUGAACUCUGAGGAACAGAAACAACUAAACAUGCUUGUUUGCGGGGACUAGACUAUCUGAUUGAAUAGUACAGUAAAAAAAAUUUGUACUUCAUAUGUUACAAUUUCAAAAAAAGAGGAUGUUGUACAUAGAGGUAGGAGAUCGAUGGACUGACAGUCUCUCUCAGGUUAAUCAAACAUAAUCAAACCUCAUCUGUUGUACUUAACAGCCACGCUGUCAGUCAGUCAGCCGCUGGCUGGAUUGGAUUGACCCACAGCUCAGUCUUGUUACCAUCCUGUUUAAAGAAACAACCGGAAAGUAGUCCUGGUAUUCAGGAGGAGAUUUUUGUUUAGUUUUAUUCUAUUCUUUGAAAAUGUGAAGUUGCAUGAAAGUAAAUGUAACCAAGUUUGAACAGAGACUGGAUCUGCACUCGGUGGUCAUAUUCAAUCCAGGCAUGUGGGCAGUUAAAACAAAUAAUCAUAAAGAAUUUAAAAAGGCUCACUGGGAAUAAAAAUUAAAAUAAAAUAAAAAAAAAUCUUAUGUGAAAAUGUAAUUUUUGGAAAUGAGCCUGAAUUUAAUUUACUUUGAAGUCAGUGAGGACUUAAUUUUUUUUUUUUUUUUUUUUAAUGGUUCCAGAUACAAAAAAUUCCAGAUACUGCUUUUGGUCUUUUCUCAACAUGUAUAUAAAUAUAUAUAAAUAUAUAAGCUGUUGUGGAUCCAUCUUCAUUUCUUGGCCUUUUACAGAAGAAACACUUUUUUAAACAUGAUGUUAAUAAAAGGCAAAAAAAAAACAAAACCUCGGUGUUUGAGAGUGAGUGUUCCAGUCCUGUCCGUAAAUGACAAUGAAAGGGAAAACUAAGUCAUUCUGCCUUGUCAGUGUUUUAUGUUACAAAUAAUGUUACGAAUAAAGGAAAGUUGUUUGACUUUUCAA